UUUGCUCAAACAAUUUUAAAAUGAAAACGAAAAGUCUCUUUAAUCAUUUUCUCAAGAGCGCUUGAAAACAACUCAAGCAAAUUCCGCGAAAAGCGCUCACGCACGCGACGCUUGUGACGAUUUGGCUCAUUAACGUCGCAGUUAAUGAUGAGCACGAGCCUCAGUGUGCAGUCAGCCUGUUGCGCAGCUCUUAGGUCAGUCAGCUGGGUCGCAGCUCACCGCCCGCAGAUGUGAGUUUGUUGAAUCAUGCGUGUUGACAGCGGCCACUAAACCAACAUGGUAGCUACAAUAUACGAGCGUGCAGAUGCGGUCUGAUAUGGUCUCACAUCCAGGGAAUGAAUGAACCGAGUACAAACUGUUUAAUUGGGACUAUUUGAAGAAGAUAACUACUGCGGGGGAUCCGCUGCUCUGCUCCUGCUCUGCUUUCUCUCUCUCUCUCUCUCUCCCUCUCUCUCUCUAUCUCGGACGGACUUUUAGUGUCUGGUUGAAUCCAGGUUCUCGCUUUUUUUUGCAACACUUUUUGACGUUUCCUGCCUCUCGACUAUUGGGGAAUAUAUAUGAUGAAGUUUAAGCCCAACCAGACCAGGACGUACGACGGCGAAGGGUUCAAAAGAAGAGCGGCGUGUUUGUGUUUCAAAAACGAGAAAGAGGACGAGGUGCUACUGGUGAGCAGCAGUCGACAUCCAGACCAAUGGAUUGUGCCAGGAGGAGGAAUGGAGCCUGAGGAGGAGCCCUGUGGGGCUGCUGUCAGAGAGGUGUAUGAAGAGGCUGGUGUGAAGGGAAAGCUUGGCAGACUACUCGGGAUUUUUGAGCACAAUCAAGACAGGAAGCACCGGACGUAUGUCUAUAUCCUCAUAGUGACGGAGACACUGGAAGACUGGGAGGACUCUGUCAACAUAGGAAGGAAGCGUAAGUGGUUCAAGGUUGACGAAGCCACCAGGGUGCUGCAGAGCCACAAGCCUGACCAUGCAGAAUACCUACGCAGACUCAAGAACACCUGUAAUCCCACCUGCAGUCCGGUCUGUAGCUCGACUAAUGGCAACACCCUGGGCUCCCAAGUGACGGACAACAACACACCUCAUUACGUUUGCUCCACACAGGCCUCGGAUCUAGUCAACAGAUAGGAUCAUCGCUGGCAGCAAGCAGUUCUUUUAAGAGGACUCCAGGAUGGAUAUAUCACCUGAAACAGACAUCUGGAUUAAUUACAUUACUAACAAAGACUCUUAAUAUGUACAGUAUGGACUCCCUGAAGCUGAUUUGAAACCAGUUUUUAGUGGGCUUGAAGAGUGCCAAAAUGUUUUCCUAGUAUAUUUCCGAUUUUAUAUGUAUAUUUUUUAACAACCAUCACCAGCUGAUAGAGCAAAUGUGUCCCUUUAAAGCUCUCUGCUUUAGAUGGAUUUUUUUUCCCGUGGGCUGCUUAUGCGAUGGAAAGGUCAUUUCUAGUCUUACAUGCUGAGUAAUAUUUGAUUGGCAGUGCACACAGUGUUUGGGUGGUUUUCCUGGAGGCCAGUACUGGGAAGUGUUGGCUCUUAGAGGAAAUCAUAUCCUUACAGUCACGCAGUGCCAAAUCAUGUCCAUCUGCAAGAUGUCUUGAAAAGCUCCAUGUGUAUGAAUAUUUUAUUACCGUUAAGUUUUUUUUUUAUGAAUUGUUAUGACACUUUCUGGGUGUGUGGAGUAAAACUAAUGUCGUCUCACCACAACUUGAGUCGUGUGAGGUAUUUAUGCUGAAGAGAGCUGGGUUUACUUAGAUAUUACCACCUUACAAGUACACACAGUAUCAUCUCUAUUCAGUAGUAUUAGAAAACGCUGUACUUGUACUAGGAUUAGGAUUAGGAGAAUAUCUGCAAACCAGUAACCAUGGUGAUGCUGCCUUGAACAUCUUUUUAUUUGUCCAGACAAUCAAUGCUCCAAGGCUUAUUGUUUAAUUGAGCAAAUUAUAUUGACACACAUACAAGAAACAAUAUCUGAAGAAACUAUUAUUAUUAUUAAUAAUAAUAAUUAAUUAAUUAUUAUUAAGUGCUUUUGACAAAUGUGAAGUCCUGUUAAUGUCUGAGAGGACAAUAAGGUGGCCUUGGUUUUGUAGAAGAGCUCCAGUGUGUCGUGCUUUUGUCUGACUCUUCUAAGUGCCUUCACGAACACAGAAGUUAAUUGUGUUAAGUCUGUGAACACCGAACAGCAUUGACUGGAAGCAGUACAAGCCUUACACACACUGCAUUGUACCCACUGUAUUAUAGUGUAUUUCUCAGCUUCUGUUAGAUUUGAACAAUAUAAUGUACAAAGAACCUUGGGUUUGUUGUUACAUUUGAAUGUACAAUAUU